GCUUGCAGACGCUAAACAAGCGGAUGACUGCCACCUCAGCCACGGCAGACGCUGUUGCCGCGUAUUUGGAAGCACACCCGGCCGUCAACAGGGUCAUGUACCCGACGCUCCCUUCACACCCAACGUACAGCCUCGCUCAGCAGUACCUCACUCGUGGAGGUCCUGGUUGCAUCUGGUUUCACGUGGGUGCAGCGAAGAAGGUGGUCAUGAGCAUCCUGGCACACGGGGGCGGUGGCCCUGAAUGCAAAACCUCCUUCGGUGCAUCCUCCGCUCGGGUUGACCCCUGGCCUCAGCAGCGGCCCUCAAAUGCCUGGGAGUGGCCACGCAGCGAAAAUCAGGGGCUGGAGGGGACUUGGCUUCGCCUGGCAGUGGGUUAUGCGGAGCCUUUGGGGGAGACGAAGGCGGCUUUGGACGUCCUGCUAGCCCAGCUGUUCCCAGCCAACACUACGGUGCUUUCGCAGCCAAAGCCAAUGAAGGAAGCGGCCUUGCCGCAGCAAGAAGCAGCUCCGGGCCUGCGCUGGAAGCGUCGAUAG